AGAAAGAAAGCUGUGACAGUAAGUUUUUAAGAAUCAAAUUGUAAUUGACUAAGCGACAUUUUAUUUUAUGUAAUUUUUUUCAAUUUAUGAACGGUUCGAUAAUCAUCUGACUUUUAAUCGUCUUAUCUUCAUUUGGAUCUCGCAGCAAUUUUGCUUGCGCCUCGCCGUUUCGCUCUUCUCCUACCUUUUCUUCCGACACGACUCCACCGAGCAUGCCUUCCGCUAGUAAGGGCCGUGCUGCUGCCACUCCGUCCCGUUCGCGCGGACGUUCGGUAGGAACCCCUGUCAAGAAGCCAAGGGCUCAGAAGCAGUCGCCAGCAGUCGCAAAGAACAAGAGUAAUAAGAAACAACGGGCAGCGUCAGCGACGACACCCCGGAACAAGAUUCCCAGUCGGGAAUCUGCGGAGCUGUAUGGUUUGUGGAAGGGCAUAGAAGAAAAGAAGUCCGACAUCGCGGACGGAAUACUCGAUGUGGGCAAACGGGAUUUCAAGGAGGCGCAGAGGUGCUUUUCUUUUUUUUCCAACCCGUUUCUCGGCGGUGUGGCUGAUGAAUACGACAAAGCGCAAAGAGAAAAAGACGCAGCUCCUGCCUUAGACUGUUGCAGCAAGAAAAUAAACGACACUUGCAUGAUGAUGAAUGAAGACGGGAGGUCUAGAAGUCUACAUCAUGUAUCUUCGGCUCCAACUCAAAUGACAAACUCAAACUUUCUUUAGACAAACAUAAAAGUUGUCCACCCAACCCCGAUGUUUAUAUCAAAAUCAGGUUCUGCAUUCUGUUCAAGCGGAUAGCCGAAGAAGGUCUGAGCAGUGUGACGAAAGCCAAAAAAAGCGGGAAGGCUUCAGAUCUUCAUUUGAAAUGGUCGCGGAUGAAGGACAACUCUGCGGACGAACAGAUCGAAGCGGAGGAAGACCAAGACGAGGAUGGCGGUAUUAACUACAGUGAUAGCGAACGUCAAGCCAAGCACGGCAAAAAGAUGAACAAGGUGGACCGAGCUCUGAAGCCGAUCCGGGAGGUUGGCAACUAUGCCUGGAACACCGUGAUGGACGAAAUUGUAAUCGUCGAGAAAGAGAAGGUUUUGCAACUGGGGAACGCCAUCCCAGACACGUCCUUUGCGGCGGCGUGCCUUCGCAUGUUGGACGCGGCGGGCAGUGAAUUACUCGAAAAGAUCAGAGCAUUUCUUGAUGAACUACAAACCAAAACCGAUAAUAGAGCAGGAGCUUCUGCUUCUUCAACCAGUGUCGUGCAGAACAAGCGGAAUGUCAAGAAUCAAGAAGAACAUGAGCACGACUUGAUGAAUAAGCACAAAAACCAUGGGAAGAAGACUCCCAAGAGGGACCACGAAGACCUCCUCUCCUCCCCUGCCACGCGGAAAAUGUUGCUCAUUGCAGAAAUACGGGAGCAAGCGGAUUCCGCCGCCGCAGCAGUUCGAAAAAUCCAGGACGCCCUGAUGAAUGGCGACGAGGACAACAAUAACGACAGUGGAGACUUUUCGAUUGCCGAAUUGGAGGGCGUCCGGGAUAAAUUCGGCGCGAUUUUGCUGCAAAUCCAGAAGCACAGCCGCACAGCAAGCACGAAAGCCGCAAAAUCGUCUACAGCCCACGACCAGCAACCACUUUCUGUGAUGGAAGCCGCAGCUCCUGGAGCUUCUUCUUCUUCUGCUUCCGCGGCCUUUUCUUUGAGUACGAAGCAAAAACUUAAGCAAGACCAGCAGGAGGAGGCGGACGACACCAGCAAACGUGGUCGCUCCUUCUCCCGCAAAAGAAGCCGAAACGUCUUCGAAGAUGAAUCUGAAACGAAGAUGAACAACGAGACGACCAUGAGUCAAAAACAAGCUGCAGGCACUAGUCGACCGCGACUGAAUAGUAAAGAAACGGUACUGUCCAACACCACCACCGAGUUUUUACCAAACAGCAGAAGUCAGUCAAAGCAUGCAGCUUGCUCUGGUGCGGCGGGCACGUCAUUGUCAACUAAUCGCGUUAUUUCGCAGCUGCAGAAAAACUUGAGUAUCACAUCUGCGACCGCAAACCACAAUAAUCCUUACAAUCCGCUGGGGAAGCCGCCGCGCAUACCGACCGCGAAUAAAUCGGCCUCAACUUCUAUUGCAGGAAAACCGAUCAUGAUGUUGAACGACUUUUCGAAGCUCGAGCUCAACGAAACGCUUCUUCCGACUCUGGAGCAGGAGGAGGAGCUAAACAUGCUGAAGAGCAAGAAAACCUUGUACGCCAAGGAUGAACAAAGCGAUAUGUUGAAAAAGGAUGAUAAUUCGCUUUCGCAAGAGAUGAAUUUAUUCUAUUCGAGAGACGAAAAGAAGAAGAAGAAGAACUAUGAAAUCGAAAGCAACCACGAAGACGACACAAGCAGACGGGAAGUAGAUCUGAAGAAGCAAAAGCAGAUUAUGACUCCCCUGUCGCAGUCCGAGCUUGAGAAGGAAAUUUUUGGCGACGUCGACGAUCUUCUGAGCAACUAUAGCAAGGCGAAAGCGGAGGACAAAGAUUCCUCGUCGUUUGCUGACGAUCGAGAAGAUCAUCUUCGUGUGGAGACUCCUUUUGAUGAAAUUGAUUCCGACAGCAAGUCGUCGGUACAAGAAGAAAAUAUUCAAGAAGGUCAACUAAUGACGCUGAACAAAACUACUACAUCAAGUGCAGCAGCAUCGUCGAUGCAGCAGCACCACCAACUACCCGGUCGCUUGCAGGUGGUCCAUGAAGAAAAUGAAGCAGAACUGCAGUCGAACAGUGAUGAAAAUCUUCAACCAAGCUCGAGCAACAUCCUGAUCGAGAACGAGAAGAACGAAAGUGCAGCUGCUGUCGUGUCUACCACCGCACCAGAAAAUAAACGGGCCGAGGAGAAAAAAAAGAAGAAGCCAGCAGAAGAAUUAUACGAAAGCAGAUUGAUGCUCCAUCUCGCGCAUCAAGGAAAUACGAGUACUAAAAUGCGUAAGGCCCCCGCAGGACCACUUGACGCAGAGGCGGAAGGGACCGAGGACCAGGAGGUCUUUGACUCGGAGGACGAGGGUGAUGCCGGCAGCAGUGCGGACGACGGCGAGGACAAGAAGAAACCCAUCCUCGAUAAGGGUACCAUGGCGAAAAACAAAUCGUACGACUACGCGAAGGCGAUCAGACGGGCGAAACAGGAGCAGACGACCCGACGCUCCUUCAGCAAGAAGAUUGAAGCCGCGAUCCGCGAAGCGGCCGGGCCGGACUACGAGAACUUUACGGCGACCAAGGCGCUGGUGAAAGAGUUGACGCAAAAAGAGCGCUAUCCUCUGCAGCAAAAGUAUAAUCGCACUCGUGGUAUGUAAGUUCUGGUAGUAACCUUCCCAAGCCACCAUGCGUGACAAAUCUAAUUUUCCAAACGUGAAGAUCUAUGAAAUGACGACAAAUUUGUUACCUGUUUGAGAAGAGUUUAAAUUUGUUAUUGUACUGCAUGGCAUUGAUCAGAUACUAGAACUAGUGCGAUUAUAGCGAUACUUUUACGAUGCAUAAGCGUGUGACAUUCUUGCGUGAGGUGGUUCGCGAAAUCGAGUACAAGCGAACGUCAUCCCGGCACGCGCAGUUCCAUUCCGACAACUUCGAGAACAGCUCCUCCGCCGACACCGGCAAAAACUGUUUUUUCACACUGGGGCUGGUAAACUGCCGUCGGGCCGGGCUGUUUGGCGCGGACGCCAAGAAGGAGGGUGCGCUUAUCGAAAUGAAAUUUGUUACCGUGUUCUAAUAUCUUCAUCUUGACGUACUACAAAUGGAAUCUUCAAUGCAGCGCAAAACUUCGUUUCAACUUCAAGAUGAACCAGCUUUGUGCAGUAUGACAAAAAGUAGAAGUCCGCCUCUCAUGGUGUUCUCCUGGGAGGUUGACAGCAAACAAAUUUGUAACUACAUGGCUUUUGUCCAGAAUUCAACAUGCACGGUAAGAAAUUCGUGUUGCAUAGCGGCAUUCCUGAUGCUACUGGUCAACGCUAUUACCUCGCUGCACGCGGAUGCGGAGAAAAAACCGGGAAAGUGGAUCGCGGAGGAAGAUUCUGACUUCGAAAUCGACGACAACGAAGAGGGGACUUGGUGGUGGACCAGCAUCACUGCGAACAAAAAUUCCCUUACCUCCCUGCACGUCGACGGUGGCAACCUCGGGCCAUCGUUGCUGUUUGCCGUUGGCGACUUCAUCGGGGGCGAGACGCUCACCCUGCGAAGAGACUUCCACCCCGACGACCACUACUCCAAAACAUUAUGGGUGGAAGUGACGAACGAAAAAUGCCGGAAGGCGGCGAAAAAAUAUGGGAGCUACUGCCGAACGGAGCCGGUCGACCGCAUGGCGAAGAAGCAGAGCCCGCGGAAGUACGACCACAAGUAUGGGGCCCCGUUCUUGUUGCACGCCGGAUUUCAAGAAGAAAAGGCGGGGCGCAUGUUUCUCCCCAUGGAGCGCACGCCGGUCAAGGACAUGGUCGCAGAAUACGAUGGCCGCAUCCCGUAUCUACAUGAUAAAACUUCCGACACGCAGACGGGUUGCGCCCUUAGUAAAAGUAGAAACUCCAGCACAGCAGGGUCGUAUUUCUGUGCUGCCGUACUAUUACGGUUUCGGUUACCAGUGCAGGGAUUCAGUUUCUUUAGGUUGCUUGGUAGGAUCUAUUUGUCAUGCCUUUUCUAGUACGUCUACGUGUCAGAGAAAGUUGUGUUGCAUAUUUCGCACUGCACCGCGCCGUUCUUCCGCAGCGACUUCAUUUCUUCCGGAAAGAUCGACAAAUCUCCUCUAUCAACUGCAUCCGUGUCUGGGUCUGGAACUGGAUGAACAGCAUUCGACGUCGUAGGUUCGUGUCUGCAAACAUUGCAUGUCCGGCAAAGGCUGCGCAGCUUUCUCGUUUUCCAUGUGCAAAAACCAAAACGCAGCUUGUAGUUUAACGCGCACGCGCGCAGAUAUGCACCAUUAGUGAACAGCACCAAAAAAAGUUUUUACGUUUUGCUGCUGCUCUUGACGAAAGCAUCAGAAUCAGCAACAUUUGAUGUGCAUCAGUGAGUAAAUUUUGGCUUCCAGGCCCAGGCACUUUUGUUACAGUGCAUAUUCCUUGAAGGGGAUCGAUGUGACCCGAUGGAUGAGCAUAUCCGAGAUUGAAAAGGCGUACGAGUACUGCACCAAAAUGCACACUAUGCGAUGCAAACGUGUCUGGGUCUAGAAAAUUUGCAUUGUAAUCAUGCUUCGUCGGGAGCACGCAAAAGUCUCUAAUUGUGUUGCAUGACCGCCAAAGUGUUUUCGCUUAUUUGUGCAACGAGAAUAUGAGUAAGCGUUUUUGUCACAUAAGACAGGCAUGAGAAAUGCAUGAGCCUUUCUCCUUUACGAAACCUGCAGUGCUUUUCUUGUGCGCAGAAUUUCACCAGAGGACCCAUCUUGCAGUGUGAUGCAGAGGACGCAUGACACUCUUUCAGACCAAGACAUUUUUGCUUUGCAUAGACACAGGCGACGCGGCGGCAGAUUCCGGUGCGGACCGGUAUGUUUUUGUGCUGUACGGCCAUUCGAUGUGGAACCACAAGGGUCUCGGGACGGCUAAACUGCUACGCAUUGCAAAAUUAUCGCAGUGGGAUAAUAAACAGCUGUAUUCUGAAAUGACGCUUGAGUUUUGCAACAGAAAAAAAGAAAAAAUGUCAUGUCUGGUGUCGUAUCGCGUUUUCUUUUUCAUACAGAGGAUCUUCUGCAUUUUACUUCUAGUUCAUCUAGGUGUAGCUACUCAAGAAAACGCAAAGAGCAGGUCAUCUUUAAUUCAAAUCCUUAUCCUACGAGUGCGAUAUUUUUGAAAAGGAUAGCAGCUCCAAAGCUAUGGCUUCGACCGUUGCGGCGAGAAGUGGGGACCUGCGCAGCGAUGGUGGAUGAGGCAGUUGGCGGAAAAGAGAAAACUGGCGGUGGCGUAUAAGGGGGUGAAGAUGUACUUGAAGCAGCAGCAGACCAGCGACUCCCAGGCCUGGGUGAAGAAGCAAAUCGCAGACAGGUACACAGAUGAAUCCCGCGUGACCAUCGAAAUGAUCUGUGAGGAGCUUGGGCUAUUAGAGUUGUGCCGGAAGGCGCAGGCCGCGGCGAUUCGCCAGGGCACACCGUUCAGAUGGAAAGAGGUCAAGGAAAACACGAAGCCGGGCUCGCUGGGAAAGGCGGGGACCUUGAAAACGCCUCUAGAAAUGUUUGAUGACUACAUCCGCGGAAUCCACCAGGCGUUACGGGUUUGCGAAGGCCGGCAUCUGCCGACGUUUUGUGACGUCUUUUCUGAAAAGUUUCGCGAGACCUUUGGGAUCAGUAGUGUGAUGGAGUACGCGGAGCAUUUUGGCUGCUUUCGAGACCAGCAACGGAAAAAACUGAUCGACCAGAGUCUCCGCCUCCCGCAUGCAGAUAGAAAAAAAGUGAAGGAGUUCCGCGGCUUACACAACCACAAAUUGCUAUUAGACGUCUGCUACGCAUUACAAGAAGGGCACUGCGCUCUCACAAGUACUAGCAACUUUUGCAUGGCUUGCACUUUACUGCGACUUCGGGAAUUCGUCAUGUGUGUCUUUUGUGAAUUAGUACGAGCGCAAUGCCCCUUUUGCGUAGCAUAUCGACGAUUCGUUUGACUCGGAAACUAACAGCGCAAAGGACGACUUCAAGGCCGUUGUCCCAUGGCGAUGGGACGGGCAGCACUGGUUUUGGCCGCGCAGCAAGGACGUCCUCGGGGAAUUGUUGCCAGUGCAAAACUUGUUGAGGUACUGCAUCUUCAUCAAGGACAGCAGAAUUCAUGAUUUGGGCCAGGGGGUGCACGUUCCAAGAUUACCUUCCUGGAAUACGACUUGUCAAUAUCAUGUGGGGAAGUGGCCCGAUUUGGAGGAACUGCUCGGCUGCCCAGAGGACAAACUAUUGCGGAAGGACUCGAAAGAGGAACUGGAGCAGCGCAGUCGCCGGAUCGCCAAUCGUAUCACGUGCAAAAGUGAAACACUAGCAGGCCGAGCCAGCUCGUAGAUGCAUCCUGUUUUGCAUGAUAACAGCGGCAAUUUGAUCGCUGCCCCCUCCUUCUGUAGCCCAGUGCUAUCUGCUUCCGCAUUAGAAGUUGCGCCUCGCUUCUUGCGGAUAAAUAUUAUACAUCAGCAUACUCAACAUACUCUAGAGCAAUCCAAUUCCUUUGUAGGAGUACUGUGCGAGUAGUACAACAACUUUUGCAAUGCAUGAAUCGCAACAAGAUUUUCGAGGGAGCAGACCAUGAGGCUGUAGAUGGUAGAUCGAAGGGAGCGGAUAAGAAAAAGCGGAACCCCGCUUCCUCCUCCUCCAGAAGUAAAAACUCCACGAGUGCCGCAGGGUGUGAAACCAAGCUGACCUCCGACCGUUCAAACAGCGCAACUGCUGGCGUCCGAAAAUUCGAGAAGAAAUACGAUCGCUAGGCAUCGCAAAAGUAAGUAUUCUACUCGUACUGAUGAAAAUUGCCGCACCGCCUGACAGACCUGCUUCUUUAUUGACCUGAAUUAUGCACAAGCAGAAGCACGAUGAUCAAUAGCAUUUUCGUUCUGGAACAGUUACGUGGACAUUGGUAAACGCAAGUGCCAAUGUAACUAUUGCGAGUACGAUACUUUUGCAAUGCAUAAUCAAAAACGGGAAACAACCAGUUUGAACUCGUGGAUAAAUGUCUGUAGGCGGCCGUUUGCAGAGUAUGUCUCAGACGAAACUGCGCGGAAGAUCAUGUUGGACGGCAUGAAAGGUAAAUACCGGUUGGAUGACGAACGCAGAUACAUAAUCAACUCCUUGAACCAGGAAAAAGCCGAGAAAGAGGACAAAGAGGGCCCAUUGGGAGGAACAACGAGGACGAUUCACUACAAGCAUGUCGCAAAUGUAGCAUCGCGCAAAGAGGUGUUGAAGUUGCUCGGCGGAGACCCCAAGGUGGCAGAGACGAACUGGGAGGGUAUGCAUUGCGUGCAAAAGUAACGCACCAGAGUGCAGGUUGGUUGCGUAAUAUUUUCUACUUCAGAAUAUUGAAAGUUUUUCGCGAAGAGAAUUGGCAUGGAUUUCUUUGUGAAAAUUCAGGUAGCAGAAGCAGCUUCAAUAGAGCUACGACAAGCAGACCACCGCAUUGUUCAUGCAUGAUUGUAAUUCUUUCUCUUCCGUAUCCCUGUGUGAUAAGUACUUUUGCAAUGCAUAGAAGGCACCAUUAAUGCAAUCUUCGAGAAGUGGUGGAGGAACAACAAGAAAUCUCAAUCGUCCCACGUCCUCGACAGCACCAAGGCCAAACGAGCUGGCGCUGGAAGCAAGAUGAAUAAAGGUCGAAGCCCUUCCGUCACGAUCCGCGGCAAAUCCGUUACUAAGAAGAAGAAGUAAAGGCUCUUCAACAUGAAAAAAUUCGUUUUUUUUUGAAUUUUGAAAAGUGAAAAAAAAAGAUGAAUAAAACUUCCA